GGAGUGAGUGUGCUCAUUUACUGUAAGUAAUUAAGCACUAAGUAUGUGAUAUUUAGCCUUACAAUUUAUUUCACUAGAAUAAAUUAUGGCCACGAUCAUUGGAACCGGUGCGGUGGAAUCUAUAUUUACGAAAACAAAUCCAGUAGGUACUUCAUCUUUUCCGAAGUCAAACGUGAGACGGUGUGACACCGCUCGGUGAAUGCAUGCGAGCUAGUGACCAAGCCAAGCCGGCCUAUUACACAAUACAACAGGCAGUGGCAGUGCCUCCUCAAACGCGCGUGAGUGAUGCCGCAUUUCCCGCGCAUUUUGUUGCCAUAGACACAGGAAGCGAAAAGCUUACAAUGCGGUGGUUAGCAGCUUUAUUCGUAUUAGCUGCGCUUGCACACGCUGAUGAGACAUGCUUGUCAGUAGACGAGGAGCCAUACUUUCUCUUCGGCACCAAAACUGCUUAUAUCUUUGCCAACAGGGGCCUUUCUAACAACAACAGAGCUCAUGAAAUUCCAGGCUGCGAACCCAUUGCGUUCUGGCUACUGAGCAGGCCCGGCUCCACCUUACCCGAGCAUGGCGAGAUGGAUGCGCUGCGCAACCUCGCCGACCUCAAGCAAAACAUCGCAGACAAUUAUCGCAACCAGAAUUUCAGAAAUACUAAUCGCCGUAUCUGCACAUCGGACCUGAACCUCUUAGAGCAAUGGUCGUGGAACCCUCGACACAAUGUUACCUUCGCGGGGGACCUCACCAGCGACGGGUACAUCAACACCCAAGGACUGGCGCAAGCCUGGAAGCAGAAGUACCCCGGUCUGCUCAACGACAACAGAUAUAACUACUUGUUCAAGUACGUGAACGAUAAGCUGUCCAGUACAACUUUCAAGGCUUUCACAGAGGGACUGUUUAGGACUCAGGCUGACGGACUCGAUUUGCCCAAAGAAAACGACGAAAAACUACUCAGGCCGUACCAAUUCUGCGAUUCUUGGAAGAAAAAUGUCGAGAACAACAAAGAAACAUUAGCGCAGAGAGAGAUAUUCGAGUCCAAAUUAGAAUACAAGCAAAUGGUGACUAACAUAUCUCAGCGGCUAGGUUUCAACUACGAUGUUGAACCAACAACAAUCCGCAAUAUGUACCAGAUGUGUCGAUACAACAAGGCAUGGGAAGUCGCACAAGUCUCACCUUGGUGUUCCGUAUUCACUCGUGAAGACCUCCGAAGAUUGGAAUACGCCGAAGACUUAGAAACGUAUUACAAAUACGGACCCGGCACUGAUCUCAACAAGAAGGUCGGCUGCGCUCACAUCAAGGAUAUGAUUGACUUCUUUAAAAACCACACCCAAAAUGAAAUGCCUCUGCAGCCGCGAACAGUGAUACAGUUCGUAGAAUUAGCAUCCAUUUUGUUGACCGUAAACGCGAUGGGUGCCCGAAAUGACGCGGCACCGCUUACUGGAGACAAUUACCAUACGGCAGCCGUACAAGCCAGGAAAUGGACCAAUUCUAUAAUGACGCCUUAUAAUGCUAACUUAGCAGCUGUGUUGUACAAGUGCACACUGAACGGCAACUUCGGAAUAAACGACCGAUACCAAGUGUUGUUCCUAGAGAACGAGAAGCCUAUAUCUUUGGACGGUUGUCGAGUUGGUCUCUGUAAUUGGUCACACGUAACUAAAACACUGGGCGCGAUUGCAGACGCCUGUGACUUGCAGUCAUGCAAUCACGCGACGACAUUAAACAAUUACUUUGGUAUAAGUUUGGCGGUAGGUUUUCUCGUUAUCAGACUGGUUGCUUUUUAAAAGGUUUGACUCUAGUGUUUAAGUGUACUGUGUGCUACGUGGUUUUUGAUUUAAAGUAUUAGAUGUGAUUAAAAGAUGGAGUGAAAUAAUUCGAUUCGAGAAUUUGCAAACAUAACAUGAAAAGCCUAUGGUUAAAUCUAACACUAUUUAUGGAAAAGCAAUAAAGUUGGUAAAAAGGAAUCUCUGAAAUGAUUAUUAGUAUUUUGAAAAUUCUUUCACAAUAUGUAAUUCAAAAUGCAAUAGAUACUCACAUUUACCCUAAUUAAUAAACGAAGACUACGCUUGGAUUAGUAAAUCCAUGUUUUGACUUUGUCUAUUGAACGACAAAAUUAAAUAGCAUUUGAGUGACAUGAACAAAACACGGCGUAACUAGUCUAAGCUUUUCCUUGUUUAUUUAAUAAGGGUUUUAAUAAUCUACUACUGCUGUGAGGAAGAAGUAUUUAUUGGUACAGCUGCCUAGGUAUGCUUUUUUAAUGUGUAACAUCUUUCCUUUCGCGUUCCUGCAAUUUGUGGGAGUGAUUUCGUGAAAUGGGACGGAAGUGUGUUACAGGAAGUCGCGAAAGCGCGCGCUAUUUGAUUUGAUUUUAGAACAUAAUGUUCAAAUGGCUUAUUCCUUUUGUAGUCGGUUUUAUUUCUUUUUUUACUAAUUAUUAUAAGGUGAGGUUUCAAAUAUUACACAUCAUACACGACUAUUGUAAGGCAAGCUUGUUUUUUGUAACGUAAUAUCGAAAUAUUGCUGUAUUUUUCGUGUCAUCGUUGAACAUAAUUGUAUUGUAGUAGUGGACUUGAUACGCCAAAGUUAUAGAUAGAUGUAACAAUAAUUUUCCGACGAUAUUAAGUGCUGGCCACUAAAUAAUAUAGAGAAAAAAUUAACAACCAAACAACGUUUACAGAGGAAGUUAUUUAUUUAAGUAGGUACCUAUGCGAAAGUGUUUUGUCUGAUAUGAACAAUUAUGUGUAGAUCUGAUACAUAUGUUUCUACUUAAUGGUUGUUUUGUUACACCGUUUUUCUUUAAAUAUUUUUUUAUCUGCUUAAUAUAGGUAUAGUGUAAGUUUAAUCAUUCUUAUUUGUUUUCUUUUUUAAUUAGGUAAGUUUUAUGGUUAAUUUUGAAAUGAUUUUAUCGUCAAUAAUAAAAUGUAUUUUUUAUUAAUGGGUUUUACAUUGUUAACAAAUGCCUGUACUAUAUAUAUAAUGCACUUGUGCAGACACCUUAAUUACAUAAACACCAUUAAGUGCAUUAAAGUUUUAUAUUAUUAAAAUCGCGUGUUUAUACUCUGCUCAUGGAAAGUAGUGGAUCGCUUUCUUUAUUUCGCUCAAAAAAAUCCAGAAUGGAAAACUGCUUGACACAAGUAAGCUGGGGAUUAUCAUUGGCCGAAGUAACGAAGCCAUGGCUGUAUUGUUAGUUUAUUUGGCACAGCCCUAACGACGCUACUCUGGUUAUUGACAAAAUUAAUACCUUUAGCUUGUUCCCGACAGUAUAUACCACUUUGUAGCAUUUAGAUGUAGUUAAGUCAUUAAUAUAAUUCUAUUUAUUGUGAUACUGAUAAGUACUUACUUUUAUAUUAUUUUUCUUCUACUUACACAAUCACCAAGGUCUCGUUUAUUUAUAAUCAUGUUCUUUUAUACUUAUUUUAAUCAUGGAUAGGUACAAAAUGAUAUGCGUUUGCCUGUUGUACUCUCAGAUUACAGAACAAAAGGCAGAUGAAGCACCAGGUAUAGGUACAAGCAAAGUGAGGCUCGCAAGCAACUAGCUGUGUGCACGACAACGCUGUACGAAUACGUACCCUUUAAUUGUUUUAGUGUGCGUGUAAUGUUGCCAGGGUCCAAGAAAACACCCGCUUUUUUGUUUCAAUUGGGGUUUUUUUUUAAUGUAUUUUUGUUUUUUUAUUUUCACUACCUACUAUUAGUUAGAUGAUAAAAUUAAAAAGGGAUUUCAAAUGAAUUCAUGUUUUUACGGUUUUACUUCUGUAAUCUGAGGUUGUAUUGUACUAUUAAGAGCAUCAAGCGUUGUUUACAAUUAUUAGCAUACUUACUUUAUAAUAAUUUACCGUGUCAGAAAUCUAAAUAGCGAUCAACGAUCAAAAUAAAUACUUAUUGUACUCCCGGACACAUAUAUACACCUAACAUUUUAAUUUUUGUCAGUCCCUCGCUUAUAAUUAAUUGUUACAUAGAGCAAAAGUUUUUUAGUUUAGUUUACAGUUUUAAACUAAUUUAUAAACCAUAUUUAACGUGUUUUUAAAAAUAUAUUAUUAUUGCUUAAUCUAACAUAUAAUGCGAUUCAACUAAGAAUAGGAUCGACUGGGCGCCAUUUUGUGAUGUCAAAUCUGUCAAUUGAAACAAAAUAGGUAGAGUGAGCAAUAAAAGUUUUUCUUCGAUAAAACUUAUUUACUAAGAUUAAGUGAGAAAAAACAUCAGAUUUUAUUAAUAAGUUUUAUUUACUAGGAUUGAGAAAAAAAUACACCGAUUUUUAAUAACAUUUAUGACUGUGUGAGUAAAAAUUUUAAUCGGAAUCUAGCUCUUCAAUUCCGCUCAGCUCAGCAUAACUACCGGAGUUGUCAUCGUCGUCAUGUUUGUUUUUU